AUGCCUACCAAGCGGCGGCGACCGUCCCACGAUGACACCGACAGCGCAGAGGGGCUCGUCGCUGGCCACGAUGACCAUGACGACGACGGCCACGAUCAUGCUCACGACCUCCACGGCUUCCGCAACGGCGACGGGGACCAUCUGCGUCGGCAGGUAAAGCGCAGCAAGGGCGUCGACAUCAUCUCCUUCCUCUCGGACGAGCUGCUGGUCCGCAUCCUCGCCCUCUGCAACGAACGCACCCUCCUCCGCCUCUCGCCCGUGUCGAAGCGCUUCCACCGCCUCGCCGGCGACUCCCAGCUCUGGCGUCCUCACUACUACCAUCGGUUCAUCCUCCCUCGCGCCCACCGCAUCCCCGGCUUCCGCACCGGCGCGGCCGCCGCCUCGAGCAAGCUGCGCUACUCGGCCCAGAGGUCGGCGUGGGCCGACGGCGGCUGGGGCCGUCGCGGGGGCCUCGAGGGUGCCGACCAGGCGCCCGCCGACGUCGUCGAUGUCGUCGACUGGAAGAAGCAGUACAAGCUCCGCCACAACUGGACCCGGGGCCGCUGCGCCCUCGGCGAGAUGCCCGUCCGUGACAUGCAGCGGAACCAGGUCCCCGACAGGCAGACGCUCGUCAAGGUCGUCGACGGGCUCGCCGUCACCGCCGACGGCGAGUCGGGCCUGCGCGUUUGGGACCUCAAGACGCGCAGGCUCAUCGUCGAGGACCGUCUCGAGACGGACGAGAAUGGCUUCCGGCGCCCGACGUGCUUGGCCGUCGACCAUCGGCGACUCCCUGGAGGCCCCCUGGACAUAUCCGCCGGCUUCGAAGACGGCACCUUUGGCAUCUGGAGGCUGGACCCCGGCCACGGGAAGCUCGUCCUGCUAUGCCGACAGGCGCAAGGCUACUUUGGAGAGCUCGUCGCCGUUGCGUACGGUCAUCCCUUCGUCCUGACCGCCACGAGGCUCGGCUUCGUCUCGCUGUACACCUUUGCCACCCCCCGUCCCCGCGACGACGGCGCAGCAGCUUCCGAGUCCGCCGAGCAUUCGCACGAGCGGCGAGAUGGCCCCGUGCCGCGGCCCGGUGUCGACCUCGCACCAUUCCCGCAGCCGCGGCAGCUCACAUCGCUCAAGUCUCACAGCACGCGGGCGCCGCUGGCCCUGUCCAUACGGACGACGGCCAAGUCUGUCGUCGCCUCCAUCGCCUACACCUUUGACACGGUUGGCGGCUGGUCCAUAGGCAUCCAGGACCUCGACAUCAGGCCUUCGGGCCUCUCGAUCCCCGACGUCGUCUCCUCCCGCGUCGCCUCGACGUUGCCAACGCAGACGCGCCGAUCCAGACCUUCAUCGGCGGCAUCAACGUACGCGAGCACGGGCGCGCCGUCGCGGAACCAUCUCGUCGAGUCGGACAGUGACGGUCCCAUCAGGUUGUGCUACAGUCACCCCUACCUUCUCGCCACCUUGCCCGACAACACCCUGGUCCUGCACCUCUGCACCUCCACGGCCACCUCGCUGUCCAUCUCGCCCGGAAUCCGCCUUUGGGGGCACACGUCCGGCAUCUCGGAUGCCGAGAUCACGCCUCGCGGGAAAGCCGUCAGCGUCAGCACCCGAGGCGACGAGAUUCGCCUGUGGGAGCUGGAAGGACGCGUCGGCGGCAGCAGCGUCGAGGUGAAGCCUAGGCAUCGGGAUGAGAAAGCCGGCCCGCCGACGGGCACCAUUUCCGGCCCAAGAUGCCCGGAUCCUGACGAUAGGAAGAACUGGGUUGGCUUCGACGACGAGAUGGUCGUCGUGCUCAAGGAGGCGCGCGACGGCCGGGAGAGCCUGAUGGUCUAUGACUUUACUUGA